AUGAGCUCCGGACUGGAUGUCGAGCAGUCCACAAGGACGGGCAUCCGUUCUGCACGAGUUACCGCCGACGAGGCCACCAAUCUCUUCCCAACACAGACAGCGCAGCCCCCACCCUGCCACCUCCUUCGCCGGCAUCGCCAACCCCGGCCCCCACGCAACCUGAUCGAUAUCGAAAACAAGUACUACAAUGCCAAGCAGACCAAAACAUCAGAUCCCGAGGAGGCUCUCCAAGAGUUUCUAAGCAUACCGCCGCUCGAGCAGGAGAAGGGAGAUUGGGGCUUCAAAGCACUGAAACAGGCUAUUAAGCUGGAAUUCAAACUCGAGCGAUACUAA